UAUUCGAUAUUAGUCCAUGAGCGUCAUGGAUUUUCUUUCCAUUUCAUUGCAUCCUAUAUCUAUAAGUUUAGCAGCAAUUCUUUUAGCUAUGUUUAUGGUUAGACCCCAUGCCCGAAGAUUAUGUGAGAAGAGAAAGAGAUAUCAUCCUGUUGCUGGAACUGUCUUAAACCAACUGAUCAACUUCUCUCGGCUGCACCAUUACAUGACUGAGCUUGCAUGCAAAUAUACAACUUACAGGUUGCUUGGCUUUUUCAGAAGUGAGGUUUACACCUCAGAUCCUGCAAAUGUUGAAUACAUGCUCAAAACGAACUUUGUAAAUUAUGGCAAGGGCUUGUACCACCACAGCAUUUUGUCAGAUAUUGCAGGGGAUAGUAUUUUUACUGUGGAUGGGGAAAGCUGGCAGCAUCAAAGGAAGUUAUCAAGCUAUGAAUUCUCAACCAAAAUAAUGAGAGACUUCAGCCUGCAAGUCUUCAGAACCAAUGCAGUAAAACUUGCUCGGAUAAUUUCUGAAGCUAUAACCUUUGACCAAGCAAUAGAAAUCCAAGAUUUGUUUAUGAAAUCCUCCUUAGACUCAAUCGUCAGGAUUUUUCUUGGUAUCGACCUUGACACCAUGGGUGGAACCAAUGAAGAAGGUAUCCGGUUUUCCUAUGUCUUUAAUGAAGUAAACGAAUUUAUCCUUUAUCGAUACGUUGAUUUCUUCUGGAAGAUCAAGCGGUUCUUAAACAUUGGUUCUGAAGCAGUGCUAAAGAAUCAUAUCAAAGUGAUAGAUCAAUUUAUGUAUACAUUAAUCAAAAGCAAGAUGGAUGCGCUCCAUCAGUCAGAAGAUAAUCUACCCCUAAAGAAAAGAGACUUUAUUUCAAGGCUUUUGGAAAUGAAAGAGACCAAUCCAAAGUAUAUUAAAGACAUGGGAGUCAAUUUUAUUAUUGCCGGGAAAGAUACUGUGGCUACUGCUCUUUCUUGGCUUUUUUAUAUGCUCUGCAAGUAUCCUCGUAUACAAGAAAAGAUUUCACAGGAGGUUAGAGAAGCAACCAAUAUGAAAGAUAAUUCAAGUAUGGAUGAGCUUGCAGCCAGCCUUACUGAAGAAGUCCUCGACAAAAUGCAAUAUCUCCAUGCAGCUUUGACCGAGACACUCAGACUUUACCCUGCAGUUCCAGUGAAUGCAAAGGUUUGUUUUUCUGAUGAUACCUGGCCAGAUGGAUUUAGUGUCAAAAAAGGGGAAAUGGUGGUAUACCAACCUUAUGCCAUGGGCAGGAUGAAGUAUCUAUGGGGUGAUGAUGCAGAAGAGUUUCGGCCAGAGAGAUGGCUUGAUGAAAAUGGCAUUUUCCAGCCAGAAAGCCCUUUCAAAUUCACGGUCUUCCAGGCUGGUCCCAGAAUUUGCCUAGGAAAAGAAUUUGCUUAUAGGGAGAUGAAGAUCUUUUCUGCUGUGCUUUUAGGCAACUACAUAUUCAAGCUAAGCGAAAAGAAAACAGAAGUCAGCUACAGGACCAUGAUCAACCUCCAUAUUGAUGGGGGACUUUACGUUCUUGCCUCUCCAAGAUUGAAGCUUGAAAGAUCUUAGGUGUUUAGUGAACGCAGUACUGUAUUGGUGUUUAAUUACCACUAUAAAAUAAGUUACUUAUUGUGAAUUGAAACAACAUAUCGGUAGCAGUGAUGUUCUCCAUUGGAUUGUGAUAUUGUUACACCAUUAAACUGAGAAUGACUUCGAAAUGGGUCGUUCGGCAUCUUUAUCGUAGAAAUUCAGAAAUAAGUGCUGUAGUUAUUGUACUCGUCUUUCUGAGCACACACCACAACACAUGUGGGCAAAGGCCACACACGUAUUGCCACAUAAUUAAAAAAUUGUGGAUAUGGACCUCAUACCCACCGCUAUAUCCAAUGUUGGUGUCUAUAUCCUCCACCUACAAGCACAAAUAUUUAAUAUUUUUUCUUUUUAUUUUUUGAUUCAAACCAAUUAUUUAAUAUUUAUUUGGGUUUUCUUUUCUGUAGGCCCUAAUCUUACCGAAUUUUUAUCUCAUUAUCCCUUCUUUUUUCUCUUUGAUCACGUCACGAACAGGGAUGACCACACUCCACACCUUUAAUUGAUCAACACCCAUAUUUUCAGCCUCUCAGACUCUUAUCUCUUUCUCUUCUUCUGGAAAAAUAAACCAUCUCUUUCUCUAGUCUCUCUCUCUCUCUCUCUCUCUCUCUCUCUCUCUCUCUCGUCUUACUACUCCAUAUUCACCAUGAUCAAUUAACCUGGAUAGUCUGAAUCGUAAGGAAUAGAUCCCGGAUCCCCCUAUCAGAUUCAACUCUGGUCUAUCAAUUUAACCUACCCUCUAUUUUUGAAUUAGGGAUUGUGAUUUCUUAUGCGAUUGUGGUUUUUCUUUGCAGCAAGGGAUUAUUUGAAGAGAUUUCAUACUGUGUUCGUGGAGAGCGAGGUUGCGAAUCACCUCGGAUGAAAGAAGCCAUCGACCAUUAAAACUCGUUCCUCGUGCUUCAACCCGAGACCAUGGAGAAGCUCCAGCGACAACACAAUCAAGUACCAUUUUAGUGUUUGUUAUUUUAUUUUCUUUGAUGGCUCUAUUCGAUAUAUAUGCGGGAGAAAAAUUGGAUGAUUUUUGUUGUCUAUGGUUUUCCGGUUAUGGCUUAUUGAUUGAAUUUUGUAUGGGUCUAUGCCUAUAUAUCAUCUCUAAUCCAAGAUCCCCAAUUUCAGCACUGAGUAGGAGGCUGAAACCAUGGCAGUGAUUGAACCCAAGAAGAUCAUCAUUGAGAUCCUGGUAUCGGUGAGUUCUGUUCCUUGUUUGUUUCUUCAACACUAACUUGAUCUAUGGACCUGGACACUCAAAAGAUUCAAGCUUUAAACAUGGAUUGCCUCUGUUUUCAUAUUUCGGCCAAGUCAAUUGCAGACUGAAGCUGCUCUAUUUGCUUCCCCAUGUACUCACCAACUUGAUUUCAGCCAUCCAUCCCCAGAAAGUUGAAAAAAAAAUGAAUAAUAUCAAGAAUCUAAUCAAUUUCAAUUUCGGAACUGCAAAGAAGCAAUAGGACUCGAUACUGGACCAUGAAUAGAAGCAAUUGUUGACCGGAAAAAAAAAAAAAAGAAGAAGAAGCAAUUGAAACUCUGAUUCCUACCAGUUGGUCCCACCAUGUCAGAAUUGCAAAAGAAGCCACGCACAACAAAACUGAGACAAUUAAGGAGAAAGCAACCCCUCUACAGCACACUGACCCAAAAAUAUGUGGCUGCAGCGUGGCAAUGGGUAAUAGACACACACAUGUGUCCUUUGGCCCAAAUAUGUCACAAAUGUGUAUGUGGCCAUUGCCAAUAAGUACUACAAAACUUGUCGGCAAUCAGAUAGCAGAGCAAGAGCUUAAGAAAAAUGUGGACAAAAGACUUGGGGGAAACUCCAAAUUGUUGUAGAUGGUUAUCCAAAAGAUGAUGGUUAUCUAUUGAUGGGUAUUCUUGUAAUUACACAAAUAAAGAUAUUAUUUGCUAGCUUUUACCAUAAUAAGGUAUAGCUUAGUGAAUUCUUUUUCAUUUAUUUA